AUGUCGCAAUAUCCAAACAAUCAACAGGCAUAUUACGGCCAACCUACAAACUCACCAGCAUCUGUCCAACCGUCUACAAGCCUCUAUGACGGUUAUUCGUCCCAAAAUCCCGCGACGGACCAACACCUGCCUCGGAGGAUGCCGAGUUACAAUGCUGGGGAUGAUUCGGGUUUCUUCAACCCUGCCCAGGCCCAGAAUAUGAGAGCGACCGAAGAAAACAGACAGUAUUCAACACAAAGUAGUGGUUAUGGUAGCAGCGCGGGACAGGGUGGCUACAAUGUCGUGCAGGGAGGGUUUGAAAAUGACAGAGAAUCGAGACAUUCGCGGACCUCCUCGGACGCCAUGUCGCGCAUGUCCCCGAGUCGCGCCUCUUCGCAAACCUCCACUAUGUCGUAUCAAUACCAAUACUCUGGAGCACACUCGUCCCACCCGGCCUACAAUCCGCAGCAAUACGGCCUUCCACACACGCAGUCGCAGCCAGUCCUCACUUAUAACCCUCAGACGUACACUGGCGCCAGCAAUGUUUACACCGCUCCAGCCUCGGGCCAUCAACCAUAUAACCCCGCAGCAUACCAAUCUACCGCAGUUUCGGGACUAAAUUCUCCGGUUUUACUUAGAAGGCAGAGCGCAACUUCACACUACGGGCAGACACCGCCGACUCCACACUCUUACGGAUUCUCCCAACAACCAACAUUUCCGCCCCCGAGGGGCGUUGAUCAUCCGUAUGGAGGACGUUCAUACCAACCAAUGUCACCGAAAACAUCGCCGUCUUAUGUGCCGUUAAGCUCGCCCGGAACAACGCAUAUGCCUCCGCCUACAUCGCGUCCUUAUCACAGCAACUCACAGGGGCCCGCGUAUGAUCUCCCAUCUCCCCAGUACACCCCGGCGGUCCCAGGCGGUUCCUUCGAAGAGGAGCCGCCAGCUCCCCCUGUUCAUCAGACUCACGCCAACGCCAUGUACGGCAGACAGUCAAGUGCAUCUCAUUCUGGGGCAGGGCGAACCCUGCCGACACCCCCAAUGCAGUUAGACUUGUCUCAGCAACAACCGAGGCGUACCGAGACCUUCGCUCGACACCCCCAAUCCCGACCUCUUCCUGGACCCCCAAUCGAUGAAGCCGGGGCAAAUGGCAAUUACUGGCCGGCGGAAGCUCCCAUGCCAUACGAAGUCAUGCUCGGAAAGGAUGAGGCGACGGUGUUGGACUCUCAGAACUUUGCCCGGCGUCACAGUUCUAGAGCAUCCCAUGCCAGCUCUGCUUCACGCAUGCACUUCUCGCCUGAUGAGGAACAUACCCACACCAACGGUAACAUGGAGACAGACACGGAGCAUUUCGUCAAUUAUGAUGCGUCCAUUGACGAAAGCGAUCCCGAGGCCAAUGCUGGUCUGAUAAUGAUGCAGGAAGAUAUAGCGCGUGAGGAGCGUGAGAAAGGGCGGAUGCGACGUGAGACCAAUGCCUCAGUUGUCAGCUCACGUGGAUCCAACAUAUCACCAAGAGGGCAUUCGCCAUACUCUGAUCCCAACGGUGAUGAUGAUUCCAUUCAUGACCUAGGACAAUACGGAGGAGGCUACCUGGCCAACGUCCCUUAUGAUGACGAGCCAUUCUACAAUUCGGAAGACCAGUCGGAACCUACUGCGGAUAACAGAUUUCCAGGCACAUCUGGUUCAUUUGGAAGCUCUGUGUCCCCUGAAGACCUUGGUGAAUAUCAUGAUGAAUAUGAGCAUCCGCCUAUUGCAUAUGAUUACGCCAGACGUCUCCAUCACACGCCGGCCGAUGCUAGGGUAGAUGCCAGUGGCACAGGAGGACUAUCGGCGCCCGAUGCUUAUUCCCGACGGAUGAGCUUUGACUAUGGCGAUGAGGGAGAAACACCAUAUGACCAUACCUAUUCUGGAGAUCAAUCCGAUGAUGAGAGCCCCCACCGAUCCGCACACGAAGAUCUGUUCUUUCACCCUGGAAUGCGUCCAUUGCCACCAGCACCUGUCGAGCCUGCGGGAAAUGCCGAUCUGAUGUCGCACUUGAUGCCUGCGGGUACCUAUAACCGCCACUUGGAGCAGCAGGAUGACUUGGAUAUUUAUUCGCAAUAUAACAACCCCUCCCUGCCAAACUCUGCAGACUAUUAUGGCGAUGCUCUGCUGAAUUCGUCUCAAGUUCCGCGAUCGUCAUCUUUGUCGGCUCCUAUUGGACCUCGUACUGAUGCACCCAUCAGAUCGAAGACCGAUGCGGACCGGCUCAGAUACAGGCAGCAACAGCAAGAACUUCUCUUGCAGCUUCAGCAAAAGGACCGGUCUCAUAUCGAUCCAGCGGCGGCUAUGAUGCUGGAUCUGCCAAGCAUCCCGGCUGGCCGGCGCAAGAAGUUCUAUCCCGCGAAGCUAUCAUCGGAACAAUUCAAGAAGUGUAGUGAACCGUGGGCUUUGAGUUCUCUUCUAUCCUGGAUAAAAGAUCUGAGUGAAGACGAAACAGAUCUCAGAGAGCAAACGAUUGCCGAUGCCAUGGUGGCUUUGUUCACCCACAAAGUCCCCACCAUGAAUAUUGCUGACGCCGAGACACUGGCUGCCCGAGUUGUGAGCGGUAUGCUUGAAGAAGGUGCAUUGAUCAAAGAAGAAGAAUGGGUCAAGUUUGGCCCAGGCACUCUCUCGGGUAUCCUGUUCCAGAUCACCGGCACUGGAUGUUAUUCUCCCAGGCUCCACUUACAUGAGAUGCACAUUGAGGAUACUGAUAGUUUCGCACGAUGCUACUCGCAUCACUGUAUGCGGACAUUGAAGAAGGUCAACCUCAAGGCACAGAUUAUGGCACCGCAGAAGAAAAUCGAGGACUGGGUCACUUUCUACAAGGUGCCUAAGGAGGUCUGGGAAACUCAUCCCAAGAAAGAGAUUGAUCGACAAAACAAUUUGCACGAGAUUGUCACUACAGAAGACUCCUACAUCGCGCAACUGGAUGUCCUUCGAGAACUUUAUCGUGAUCAAUUGGCUAACAUGAAUCCCCCAAUCAUUCCAGUGAAGCGAUUACCGAAGUUCUUGGCUGAUGUAUUUGGCAAGGUCGAUGCUGUGAAGAGAGUCAAUGAGGAUUUCCUGUUGGCACAGCUUAAAUACCGUCAAAAAGAACAAGGGCCUUUCAUCUCUGGGUUCAGUGAUAUCUUCCGGGAAUGGAUUCGCAAAGCGAAGAAUGUUUACAUUGACUAUGCUGCAACCUUCCCAACGGCAAACUAUCUUGUGCGCAAGGAAGCUGAGCGCAACCCGCACUUCAAGCAGUUCCUGAACCAAGCGCGGGAACAUAAACUGUCAAGUCGCCUUAGCUGGGAUACUUUCCUCAAAGCUCCAAUUACCAGAAUCCAGCGGUACACUCUUCUGUUGGCAACUGUCCAUAAGAAUAUGGUCAAGGAUACCGAAGAGAAGACAAAUCUGGCACAGGCCAUUGAAGAGAUCAAAGUCGUGGCGCUGGAAUGUGACAACAAAGUAGGAGAGAUGAGCAAGAAGGCCGACUUGAUGGAACUGGCAUCCAAGCUACAAUUGCGCCCUGACAUGAAGAAUGAAGUUGAACUCAAUCUCGAACACUUGGGUCGGCAGAUCAUCCAUCGAGGCGAGCUGCAACGUCCUGGAACCCGCACAAGAUUCCUGGUCGACACACAUGCCAUCCUGUUCGAUCAUUAUCUUGUCCUCGCCAAGAUAUUCACAAUGCGUGACCGGGCAGUAAAGUACGAGCGCUAUGAUAUCUCAAAAUUGCCCAUCCCAAUGGACCUAUUGGGUCUAGAAAGCACUGACGAUGAUCCUGUGGGCAAAUCAUCCGUCAGGGGAGUUUCGACUGUCACGCCCUCCCAGGCGGGCGUUGGCAGCCCUCUUGCACACACAGGGUCUGGUGCAUCAAAUGGGGCCGUUGACUACUCAAAGGAUGACAAGAUCCUCUACCCUUUCAAAAUCAAGCAUUUAGGCAAAACUGGAACAUAUACUCUCUACGCUUUCUCGGCACAGAGCCGCCUGGAAUGGUGCCAAAAGAUCAUCGAAGCGAAGACAAAGCAUGCUGCUGCUCUCUUCUCGCAGAACGCCGAGCCAUUUCGACUGCGGGUUCUUGCGGACACUGCGUUCGGCUACUCUGAUCAGACAUUCGGCUCUAAAAGUGUCACCAUCAAGGGCACCCCUCUCCAUCGUGCGAUCAGAGAAGUCGAGAAGCAAUAUGAAAAUUCGAGGACUCGUCCUCCAGCGGUAUGCAAGAGUGCAGUCAACUGUGCCACGGUAUUCCAACAGCCACCUGGGCGUAUUAUGUGUGCAAUUGGCACGGAAAAUGGAUUGUACAUGUCAGAGCUCAACAACCCGCGGGGCUGGUAUAGGGCUAUUCCCAUCAUGCGGGUUACACAAGUUGCUGUCUUUGAGGAUUUCAAUUUGCUGUUGUUGAUUGCAGAUCGGUCUUUGAUUGCAUAUCACCUCGACGUGGUGUGUCCCGCCAAUGGGAAAAUCUCCCAAUCAUCUCAGGAUUCUGCUCGUCGAGCCCCGCAGAAGCUGUCUGGGAACCGUGAAGUGGGCUUCUUUGCCGCUGGUCGUCUAAAGGACCGGUACUUGGUCCUGUACAAAAAGCGUGAGGGGUUAUCAUCUACAUUCAAAGUCCUUGAGCCCGUUCUACAGAAAUCAUCUACAAAUAAGAGCCGGCUGUUCUCACGCCGCUCACAAACGGAGUUCUUCCGCGAUUACGACGAGUUCUACAUCCCCGCUGAAACCUACCGAAUUAACAUGUUCCACUCCUCACUUGCCAUCUCAACCCAAAAGGGCAUCGAAGUCCUCACCCUUGAUAAGAAACUUUCAUGGACUGUACCAGACUUCAGCUCCAACGAUACCCAAGAUGCACAUGAUACCCUGAACAGCAUUGCCGAUCGCAUCAACGGGCUCAAACCACUGGGAAUGUUCCGUCUCAGCGAGAGCGAGUUUCUAGUAGCUUACCAGCAGUGCGCUGUGUACGUCAACAAGCACGGUGACGUUUCUCGCAGCGUAGUCAUGGAGUUCGUGGGCAGUGCGCACACAGCCUGUCUCUAUGGCAAGUUCCUAAUUCUCUUCAACGACGACUUCGUCGAAGUCCGCAACGCAAUGAACGGCCGCUUGCGCCAGGUUAUCCCCGGCCACAACGUCGUCUGCAUAGACGACGGCAGCAAGGUCGCUGGCUCCCUCAAUGGAAAUGCACAGGCCACCACCGGUGGUUCGACGGGUCUUUCUAGCGGCUUCUCCGCCCCUAAUGGCCCCUCGGCCGCGGGCAUGGGCAACACGGUCAAAAUUUGCAUGCAACAUCCAGAGGAUGAGCGCAAACAGAUUGUCUUGGAGCUUCUCGAGAAUGAGGGGCAAAAAGACUAA